AUGGCCGCGACAACGAUGAUGUUCGGACCGGAGUGGAUGCGGACGAAGAGCACGCCGCGGACAGCGAACCCGCCCUCGCCGCCGCAGACGCCCGGGACGCCUGCGGAAAAGGCCGGAGAGGCGCCGCUGAACGCGUACGCGUAUUCGAAGGACGAAAUGCUGCGGAUCUAUAAAGAAGGUGGCGGACGGGGCGGGCUCGGGCUCGAGGUCGAGCGCUGGGAGGGCGUCGUCCGCCAGGUCGGAUCAGAGCCCGCAGCGCUCAAGGAGCCCACAGAGGCGGAGCGCAAGCUAUUCUCCGGGCCGUUGAACAGCGAGCUCCGGCGGCGGCAAUCGACGGAACAGUUCUCGCCGCUCGCCAUCGGCAUCGGCGGCGUCAAGCCGAACGGCGCGGUCGCAGGAUCGCCGAUGCGCGAGCGCUUCACGAACAUCGCCCGCCGCCGCGACUCGUCCGAUACUGGGACGAUGAACCUGCCGAUCCCGCGCAAACUGUCGCUCUCGGGCGCCCAGCUGGGAUCGCCGCGCGAAUCGGCGAUGCCCUCCCCGCGCCUUCGCGGCCCGCUCACGCCCGGCGGCAUCGACGGCGUGCUCUUCGGCGGCGACUCGUGGAUGGCCCGCCGGCGCGCGUCCGAGGCCGGCAAGGCGCUCCCCACGCCACGUGGCGACGACGGCGGCGAGAAGAUCAAGGAGGAGGACGAGACCGGCGCGGACAACAGCGACAACUGGCGCGCCAAAGCGCCGAAGAGCGCCGCUGACGCCGACGAUCCGGCUCCUGCUGCCAAAACUCCGGGUGCGGUCGAUAAUCAGCCCGUCGCCAACGGCAAUUCUGCGUCUGCUGCUGUACCCGCUAAGCCGCCCGGUCUACCUCUCGACGUCGCGGCCAUCGAAUGGCAGUACCUCGAUCCGCAGGGAAAUAUCCAAGGACCCUUCCGCGCGGACGUCAUGUCGCAGUGGCACAUCCAGGGAUACUUCACCCUGGACCUCCUCAUGAAGCGCGCGAGCAUCGACGCGGACUGGACACAGUUCGGCGUGCUCGUCCAGCGCCUCGGCACCCAAAACGUGUUCCUCACGCCGUUUGAUCCCAUACAGCCCACGCCGCCCGGCCUGCAGCCUGUCCCUACUCAACAACAGGCUCCCAAUAACUUUGCUGCCCCAUUCCAACCCGUACCACAACGUCAGACUCAGGUCUCGGCGCUCGAGGCGUACUAUAACCAGUCCCCGGCGUCGCACUCCCCCGCAUCGAGCUUCGGCGGCGGGCGGCUCGGCAAUAACUCGCCAGACCCAGCCGUCUUUGCCCGUGCUGGCGGUGGCGUCACCGACUCGCCGCGUGGCCCCCGCGCGGUCUUCGCGCAGGACACCCGUCGUCAACAAGCCAGCUUCGCACCGGAGCCGGGGUACGAGCAGAGCCUCGACCCCGUGUUUUCUGGGACGAAUAGGUUCGGGCAGCCCGUGCGCACGGCGAGUACGGACGGGUACGCGAUCGGGAGCACGCAGUUCGCGGCCGCUUCGCCCUGGGGCGCGCAGAACGGGCUGAAUAUCCGGACGAAUAGUCUUGAUUCGUAUGGGGCGCAGCAGCAGCAGCCGUAUGGAGGACAUGCGCAUCUGAACGACGCGGCGUCCGGCUUCGCGCAUUCGCCGCUGGCGCGCACGCCGGGCACGGGCACGGGUAUCGCAUCUGCCGCGGAUCCCUUUUUGCCGCGUGAGGUUGGACGACCGAGCCCGGCGCCGUUCGACGCGGCGCCGCAGCAGUUCACGCAGAGCCCGUCGCUGGGCUUCGCGCAGGCUCAGAGUCAUCAGGGCACGCCCGUGCAGAGUCAGGCUCAGGCGCGCUCCAAUGUAGUCGGCGGCGGACAGGGCGCACAAUGGAAUGCUCAGCAGCAGCCGAAGCCGUUCGACCCCUCCACGAACUUCCCGACGUCGCGCAACACCAUCUCACUGCGCGACCGCGACUCGUGGGCGCCGCCCGCGCCCGCCGCGCCGUCGCAGACGCAGCAGAGCACGCAGACGCAGGACGGGAAGAGCGCCGCGUGGUCGAGCACGGCGCAGAGCGUUGUCGAGGAGGGCUGGAGGGAGGUCCAGGGCCCGAAUAGUCUGACUGUGAGCAAUCUGGGCCAGCAUAAUUUGAUGCAGAUGAAGGAGGAGGCCGCGGCGAAGGCUGCUGCGGCGAGCGCGCUGGCGGUGGUUGAGACGCCGAGCGUGGAGAAGCCGAAGCUGGAGUUGCCUGUUGUUGCGAUGGCGAAGGAGGAGGUGGUUGGACAGGGGAAGGAGGCACCGAAGGAGAAGGAGGUGGCGAAGGAGGAGACGAAGAAGUCGAAGAAGAAAGCUGCUGCUACUCCUGCGCCUGCUCCCAUUCCAGAGCCGGUCGCCGAGCCGUCACCGUCGACGCCAGCGGAUUCGACUGCGCCGAAGGUGUGGGCUUCGGGCGCGGCGGGCGAGGAGAAGAAGAUGAGCCUGCGCGAGAUUCAGGAGGCCGAGACGAGGAGGCUGGAGGAGAAGAAGUUGGCCGAGCGCGAGCGGAGGCUGUUGCAGCAGACCGCACCCUCAGCCCAGACGACGAGCGCGGUCGACGCGGGCGAGCUGCAGCAGAUAUCCUGGGGCCUCCCCACGUCGAAAGUCGGCGCCGCGUCGACAGUCAAGCCUUCGAGCCCAGUCAAAGAGUCCAAGGACCAGGCCAAAGACGCCGUGCAGCCCGUGUGGGGCGCGGGCGCGAACGGCGCGGCGAAGAAGAAGAGCAUGAAGGAGAUCCAGGAGGAGGAGGAGAGGCGGAAGGCGAAAGAGGCGCGCGACGCGGCCGCGCGGAGCAAGAUGUACGCCGAGACGACGACCAAGGCCUCGCCGAGUCCUGCGCCUGUUACGGGUGGGGCGUGGACGACUGUCGGUGCGCCGGCCGCGAAGACCGUCGCGGCGGCUGUAGGUGGCACUUCGGCGCGCCCGGCGCCUGCGCCGGCUGUGGCGCGCAAGCCGGCUGCUGCUACGCCGGCACCUGCGCCAGCGCCCAGUCCGGUCGUUGUGAAGCCGGCUGUUACGCCUAAGCCGGCGCCGGCGCCGAAGGUUGAGGUCGCGCCUGCUGCGCCUAGUGCGGAGUUUAUGAAGUGGUUGAGCGAUAAUCUCAAGGCGUUGAGUAAUGGUGUCGAAUACGACGCGAUAGUCUCAAUGCUCCUCUCCUUCCCGCUCGACGUCGACCCCUCCACAUCCGAACUCAUCUCCGACCUCAUCUACGCCAACUCCGCCACGCUCGACGGCCGCCGUUUCGCCGCCGAGUUCGCGAGCCGCCGAAAGGCCGACGCGAUGCGGAAGUCUGCGGGUGGUGCGGGUGGUGCGGGCGGGGUGGCGAGUAUCGCUGAUAUUGUGAAGAGCACGCCGAAGAGCGCGCAGGGGAAUGAGUGGGGCGGGUUUAAGGUUGUUAAUAAGAAGAAGAAGGGUGGGAGGGCGUGA